UCCCCUCUGACGCUCCGGGACCACAUAAAUAGAAGGCUCUCCAGACCCGAGCUACAUUUGAGCUCAGCUUCUCUCUAAACAAGUGUCUCCCCUAAAGAAAAAAAAAAACAAAACACCCCAAACAUGAGUCCCAGCAUCACCCCUGAGGCCAGCCAGCCUCUCCCCGCGCGCUCCACUGUGGCCCAGAGAAAACAAGCCAACGAACUCAGAAAGACUCUGAAACCUCUGCUGGAGAAGAGAAGGCGCGCUCGCAUCAACGACAGCCUCAGCCAUCUGAAGAGUCUGAUUCUGCCUCUGGUUGGCAAAGACAGCGCGCGCUACUCCAAGCUGGAGAAAGCCGACAUCCUGGAAAUGACRGUCCGCUUCCUCAGAGACCUGCCCUCCGCUCCGGUCAAAGACUCCGCAGACAGCUACAGAGACGGUUACAAAGCCUGCCUCCAGCGCGUCUCCGCCCUGCUCCCCAAGACCAGCCUGGACCAGGACGCGUGCCAGCGCGUGCACGAGUUCGUCCAGCAGUCCAUGUCCGCUUCGGUCACACCGACCUGCCUGAACUGCUGCGCGCAGAGCUCCAGGAGCCUCCCUCAGAUCCAGCAGAGACUCCUGAGCCUGAAGUCCAGUUUCAACCACCGAGCGGAGAACCAGGAGGCCCUGAGCGGCGCGGCCGUGGCCCCCCUCAGGGCGCAGUCAGGCCCGCAGCCGGUCUGCGCCGCUGUGUGGAGACCCUGGUAGAAAGAACGAACAUUCAUCUCACCUGUAUUUAUUUCUUUUGUUGAUAAUGUGCAUAGUUUUAGUAAUAAGCAUAAUGUUGAAGUUACUUCAGCAAUUGACUCAUGUUGCGUUUGUUGCCAGUUGGCAAAAAAGCACAGAUCUUAAAGAAACGCAAUCCUCUUUGGGGUUUCAAAGACACGGGUUGUAGAUAACACUUUUGUAAAACCCCAAGGGUUAUUUUAUUUCAGGGUUGCACUGUGGACUUAAAAAUAUUUGGUCUGUGCAACAGAAYAGUCAGUAAACACUACGUGUUACAUUUGUGUAUUUAUUUUUCAACAUGUCAUGUAAAAAAGUUGUUUUGUGACGUGUUAAAUGCUUGAAAAGUUUGAAAUAAAUGUAGAUUUGACACAGAUGGUU